AUGGCAGCUGGAGCCCCUGUCUUCGACCCCAUCCUGGCUGAACGAGGAGACGCGACGCAAGUUCCUUUCGCGAGUGCAGCCUUCGAGCAGCUGCCACCCUGUACGGCCACGCCCGGCAGCACCUGCCAGAUUGUGGACAACCUUUCGACGUUGAACGAGCUGCUCUUUCACGCCGAACUGGAACUGCGGGAACUGUCCGCACCAUACGGGCAGCUCUCGCUCGCGAGCUUGGCAGAGAUGAACCCAGACAUACCGCGCGACUCGCAACAGACCGUCAACCAAGCGGUUGCGCUGGUUCACCGGUUGCUCAAGACGCACUCGUGCGUGCUACACGUUCACAUUCACCACCGCGUCUUCGCCUUUCAUGAAGCGCUGAUUUGCGACGCCCUCAAAUGCAACCCUUCCACUAGGUUGCUGAGUAUCGACUUCCGAGCUUAUGUCAUCACGCAGGAUCUCGACGACGUUUUCUGUUCCUUGAAGCACCUGCAAGAAUUGGAAUGUCUAGCCCACGGGGUACGCGACGACGUCUCGUCUGCUUUGUUGACAGUUUUUCGCGUCUGCAAAUCGCUGACGACCCUCAAGAUUGCCGAGUUAUGCAUGACAGGCCGCACCGCGAAACCAUUCGUCGCCUCUCUUAAAGGAGCUUCAACGCUGAAAGAGCUGUCAGUGCACGGUUCCGUCAUAUGCGAAGCCGGACGAGGCCAAUUCGCGCAGUACCUCAGAGACACCACCUCGUUGACCACACUAAGCGUAGCGGCAGACGAGCUCAGCCGGCGGAACUGCUUCAACUGGAUGGCCGAAGGCCUCCUUGUUUUAUCCUUACAGCCGAGCACAGAUUACAACUUCUGGUACGCGCCGUUGUCCACCAACGAGACGCUGGAGGAACUCAGCCUCCCGUUCUCCAUCUGGAACUCGGCGCAGUGGGUCGAUUUCUUCUGGACCGCCUCGAGGAAGCCGAGUCUGAAGAAGUUGAUCAUUUCCGUACACGCCACAGAUCACCGCAACUUGCGAGACUUGUGCAAGGCUCUCAAGGAGAGCGGAGCCGAAGAUAAGGUCUCGCUGGGAACCUACUUCGUGUACCACGACUGGGACUUGAUGUACUCGAAGGCGUUCUCGGACGUGGACAUGUUCUGUUUCGACAACGUUCUGGCGCGGCUCUCGAGCGUGUUGCUGACAUUCACGCACAUUACCUCCGUGCGCUUCAGCAUCAGGAUGGGGGACGUGGCCCUCGUGUCAGCCAUCGCCGCGUACAUCGGAGCUGCCACGUCGCUCCGGAAGCUGCGGCUGGCUCUAUACUCGGACGACGGUGACACGGAGCACGAUAUGAACACGUCGUGGACCGAGAUAGUAGAAGCACUCGCUCGCAACACGAGCAUCAAAGGGCUGUGCGUGCACGUGGACAUCGACUCGGACGACAGUGACGAGGAAGACGGCGUCGGCGACGUGCUCGAGCAGCACCAAGUCCAGCGUCUCGCUCAAGUGAUCGGGUCCAGGCAGAACAUACGCACGGUCUACUUCGGCGCGGAACAGGCGGGCGUGGUCGGCGCGUUCCUUCGCUGUUUCUCCAAGGACAUCGCGGACAACUACAACCUAGUCCGCGUCACCCUGAAUGGAGUACUGGACACGGAAUCGGCACAGGACGGCUUCAAAGUUCGGGACACGGCGCGUCGAAACUGUGGCCUGGUGACGCGCGCCACGCAGUUCGCCAGAGGACGUGCACUGGACAGGCACUGCGCCAUUGCUUUGGAGCGGGUCUGGCGCCAUGCGGCACUGCUCGAAGAACUCGCCGAGCAGCUGUCCGUCAGCGUGGACGAGGCCUCUGCCACGGUGCGACGUGGGCUGAGGAACAUGGAAGGCCUGCACGACUUCAUGCGGCUCGCCCGCGUCGUCCGGGACGGCGUCGUGUGCGACCCGAGCCGCGACGGUGGUCCUCGACUGGACACCCUCAACGACGACUGCUGGAGGCUUGUCCGCCGCUACCUGAUGCUCGGCGACGUCAGGGAGCCUGCCGAGCCGGCGUCUUUGAGGCAGUGAUGUCACAGGGCAUGCUCAAGAGUUUCCACUCUUGACUCCUGACCCCGAGAGGUGACGCUGGUGCACAACACGCGGUCUUACGUGACGCUGUUUCCCCCGAGUCGGAGCAGUGUCGGCAAUGACUUCGCCGCGAUGUGUGAUGGACUAUUUGAGAUGCCAAAACGUGCAGACGUAUCUCAUGACGUGCACCAAGCGUGUUCUGACAUGAGCGUAACAGAACUUCGGGGAUGUGGUCGAUUUCAGAGGGCUGCGUGUGGCCGCGUGGGA